AUGUGUACCCUCAGGCCUAGUCAAAAAUGCCUCCUACGUCCCACCAGGACCUAUAACGUCUCCACACGCGCCUACCAAAUCUCGACGCGCUUUCAGCUCGGAUGUAGCGCACUGCAACGGUCUGGGGCUCCCAUCCCAAUUUUCAAGUCAACAAAAACCUCCCCGUCUUUUCAAGGAGUCUUUCGCACCUCUCCUGUGCGCCACAAGUCCACCACCACGGACCCGCAACGCACCUUCGCCGAUCCCUCCCGUCCAGACCUUUUCUACCACCUCCUCGAUCCACCAACACCGCUGCCUGAUCCCAACUUGCCUGCCUACGCGCUCUCCUUCCUAGAGAAGCUGCCAAGCACACCACACUCGCCAUCCGUUAUCGGCUGGUUACCAGCAGUCGCCGGCGCGGAGGGGGAUGCGGGGUUGAAUGAUUUCAGGGAGAAUCCCCAUUUCCGCAACCUUCUCCACCGCGCCAUCCGCGAGGGUCUCGAGCAGGACGUAGACGAGGUCCAGCGGAACGGCGCGCUCCAGCUACAGUCGGGAUGGAUGCAUAUCCAUGGUAUGUCGCGCUUCCCUCCCAUCUCUCCUUCUGAUGAACGCAACAUCCCCGCCCUCGGACGCAUCGGUGACCCCGACGACAUCAUCGCCUCAGUGCUGGUGGAAAACGGCAAGAUCCUCCCUGAAACCUACCAACCCAUGCCCGCCUACCGCGUCGUCACAGCCGACGGCGUCGUCCAGCUCUCAGAGGGCUUAGCGCAGAAAUUGAAAGAGUUGUUGGAGGAUGCUGAGCGCGCAUGA